CAAUCCAUGACAGUCCGCCGUACCAAACGAUCCCAAAAAGAAAACACGCCAGUCGUCUUCCUCGCAGAGUCGCAGCCAAUUUGCAUACUCGCAAAAUUUAUUCAGGUUCAGAAGUGUCCAGAUCUGGCACGCCUCGCUCCGCCUGGCCACGCCUUGCAACACCUCCUUACGCCUUCCCCGCACUAAACGUGCAACUCGUGAAACAUCCGACCGCCUCUGGCGAUUUCCUGCCGCCUCGCUCCGACGCUCUCGCCCACGCGCGCGAAGGCAUGCCUUUAAAAACACUGCCAGUGACCGAUUUCAAUGUUGCGGAGGCAAAGCAGCCCCAGAAUGCGAAACAAGAAGCUCAAUUCACAGACCCAGAUGUUGAGUGGCAAAUUUCUGCCAUUAGGGCUAUUCGUGAUGUUGAGACUGAACAUCUCCUGACUAAUUUGCGUUUGCUUCGCUCCUACUUCAACAAGGAACAGCAGCGAACCCCUCUAUUGCAAUAUUUUAAAGAGAACUUUCAAAACCUGUCGAAUGUAAGAAAUGGAGAAAAUGGACAAAUGGAAGUGCAAUGGAUUGAUAAAGAUGGCAAUGUAUCCAUGAAUGAUGGAAUGGAUUUACAUGAGACUCUUCUUCGCCGGUUGUCCAUUGCUUAUUCUGGUUGUUCAGCAGCAAUUCCAUCUCUUGGUGGCUUUGAGUUUUCUAGUAAAGCAGAUAAAACAAGCCUUCUGGGUGCUGAUAAUCUGCAGAUCAGCGACUUUGUGAGUAGCCAGAGACUGUCUAUUGGGAUGACACCGAAGACGCGAAGGCUCCCGAAGCCUGGGGAGAUGCUCUUAUCUGUCCAUGGCUCACCCCUAGGUGUUUACAAGGAAGACAACAUGGAAGCCAUACAUGAGUCGGAAGAGGGAUGACUGGCUUGAAAUGGCUCAAGUGGUCAAUAAGGAUUCACGACCGUGCAUUACUUGCCAAUCCAAGGUUCUUUACUCUACUUCUAGCAUUGUGCUAAUAAUCACUGUAGUGCCUGAAAGUGCUCUUGUAUCAUUGUACUGACACCUUUGAGAUUGGAUUUAUGUGAAAUAUAUUCUAUCAUUUUCCCUGUAUAUAAUUCAUAUGUAAUUUUCGUCAUUUGUUUUAGUAAUUUCCCAAGAGAAUCGAACAUGAACGUUGAUUUAAGCCAGAGAAUUGUGAUAGACUACUCGGUUUUACUCUCAAUUCAUUUCUAUCCACCAACAUUGCUUUGAUUUUUGCUUCUUAGUCAUUCAAAUGCAGUCAGCCCCUUUCAGAUUUUCCAUAAAUGCCAAAUAACUUUUAACUUUUGGUUUGAUGUAAUUCUCUGUGUUGUAGAAAUGUGUGUUUGUGUCAUGUUUAGGCCCAUGUCAUGAGUAAGAUUUUGGUCUAUAUCCCAUGCGUUCUUGGUCUUCCUCUUGUCCUUUUAGUGGCUUCCCUUUGAAUUGAAACAGAUAAGAAGUUUAUUACUUUGCCUGGUAAUAAUUUCUUCUGCCAUUUUCAUCUUCUUGCAGUUCUACUGCUAUUAUAAUCUUCUUCUCCGUUUACAGUAAAAAUAACGGCCUGUACUCUUCUCACAAUUGUGUGUGAUUUCUUCUAAUGUAGAUGAAGCAAAUUU